AUGAAUCCCCUGGAGCUUUGUAUGGCAGCAGGCCACUUGGUGCUGGCAGUAUCGGCAAUUGGCCACAUUCAGCACAAUAAGCACAAGCGCUCGGUUUACGGCGUCUCCUACGACACCGUCCUUCUCACUGUGGUAUCGCAGCUGUGCUCAGUAAUCAGCACCCUCAACUACUACCACAACAACACCGUCAAAGUCCAGUACCAGCACAGGUUCCCGAUUCACCCUAUCCCUGGCAUCAGCAAGUCCGUGCUAGCACUCGACUGUGCCCUGGUGGUGCUCUCGUGGUGCCUUCUCUGGCAGCUCUGUAUCAGUUACUCCCGGACCAGAAGCGUGGAGCAGGGCUUCAGCGGGAUCUGCUUGGGCCUAUUGGCGGCAUUCAGCAUGCUCGUGGGUUACGUGGGUCUCCAGACAGUCACAGUGUCGUCGAUCGUGGCCUUGGACGUGGUAGACGCAAUCUGGCUCGUGGGCAAGGUCUGCGGCACUGUGCGGCUCGUGCCCCAGGUGCUGACCAACUGGAUGGCCACUAGUGUGGUGGGAUUCCAUAGUUACUGGUUGCAGCUCGAGUGGAUAGCGUUGGGAGUCCUUUUGGUGGGCAAGAGCCUCCUGAGCCGAGACUACCAGUGGUACGCGAUUCCCGUCAAUUUCGUGCCAUGGACGUGGCUAGGCUUCGGUUCUAUUGCAGUGGCGGUAAUUACCAUCCAGAAGCUGUGGGUAUACAGAGGCAGGAAAGGCUCGUUGGACUUAUACUACAAGGACGGACCAUGGCUACCAUAG